AUGCCAUUUAGUGUCCUCGGCUCUGUGGUAGAAGGGUCGCGCUAUGGGAAGAGGCGGUGCGAGGUGACCAUGUUCACCUCACGUGAUCCUGGAAUCUUGAAGAUUUGCCAGACGCACCGUGGGCAGCGAGGAAUGAGCAGCGGCGGGCGCAAUGGGUGGUGGCGGAGGAGAAGGAAUUUGAGCAAGAGCAAAGGGCAUGAGGGGAGGCUGCGGCGUAACGCUGACCUGAGUGACAUGUGCACGGCGGUGAAUUUACUUCGCCUGUGCGGGAGACACUCGGCUGGAAGCACAGGCAGAGGGAAGAUGAGCGUCCAGAGUGGUGGCACAGGUCUCACCCAGGCACUGCGCAGGGAGGUGGAGCAGGAAGGAGGCAGGAGAUUAGGAUGUCAGCGAAAUGGUCGCAGCGGAGCAUCAAAGCGAGCGGUUGAGGGAUGGGCUGGCGCGGUGCAGACGCAGGCUCCAGGUCCCGGGUUGGUGCCCUGCGCGGUCCCGGCCCGGGGAGGGAGGCGCCUUCCGACCGCGCUGGCCGCGUUUCCAGCCUCGCCGGGCUGCGCCCUGACUCCAGGGCUGCUGCAGGGAAAGUUUCCAGAGUCUGCACAGUCGGUGCCCGCCGGUUCCCUGCCUUCCCAGGGCGCUGCGUCCCCACGCGAAGGGGCCAGGAAGUGGGGGGCGCCCGGAGAGGGGGGGGAGACUUUUGCAGCUUUCUGCACAGAGCCUUUCAAAAUUUCUCGGAAUGCUACGAGGGGAGGACCAGCCCGGCAAGCGUUUGAAGUCCAAAGAGAGUUUGCAUCCCCUGAAGAUUCAGCUAGCCGAGGACUGACACUUUCCAGUGAGAAAACACACCUCCAUUUGGUGACGGGAAAAGCCUGCUGCACUUCGGACGACUUCGCAGAGGAGGAGGAGGUGCAGUCCUUCGGUUACAAGCGGUUUGGUAUUCAGGAAGGAACACAAUGUACCAAAUGUAAGAGUAACUGGGCACUGAAGUUUUCUAUCAUAUUAUUAUACAUUUUGUGUGCCUUACUGACCAUCACAGUAGCCAUUUUGGGAUAUAAAGUUGUAGAGAAAAUGGACAAUGUGACAGGUGGCAUGGAGACAUCUCGCCAAAACUAUGAUGACAAGCUCACAGCAGUGGAAAGUGACCUGAAGAAAUUAGGGGACCAAACUGGGAAGAAAGCGAUCAGCACCAAUUCGGAACUUUCCACGUUCAGGUCGGACAUUCUGGAUCUUCGCCAGCAGCUUCGUGAGAUUACAGAAAAGACCAGCAAGAACAGAGACACGCUGGAGAAGCUACAGGCAGGUGGGGAUGCGCUGGUGGACAGGCAGCGCCAGCUGAAAGAAACUCUGGAGAACAAUUCUUUCCUCAUCACCACUGUCAACAAAACCCUCCAGGCGUACAAUGGCUAUGUCACGAACCUGCAGCAAGACACCAGCGUGCUCCAGAGCAACCUGCAGAACCAGAUGUACUCCCACAGUGUGGUCAUCAUGAACCUCAACAACCUGAACUUGACCCAGGUGCAGCAGCGGAACCUCAUCACCAACCUGCAGCGGUCGGUGGAUGACACCAGCCAGGCCAUCCAGCGCAUCAAGAACGACUUCCAGAACCUGCAGCAGGUUUUCCUUCAAGCCAAGAAGGACACGGACUGGCUGAAGGAGAAAGUGCAGAGCUUGCAGACACUGGCCGCCAACAAUUCCGCCUUGGCCAAGGCCAACAACGACACCUUGGAGGAUAUGAACAGCCAGCUCAGCUCCUUCACAGGGCAGAUGGACAACAUCACCGCCACCUCACAGGCCAACGAGCAGAACCUGAAGGACCUUCAGGACUCGCACAAGGACGCAGAGAACAGAACGGCAAUCAAGUUCAGCCACCUGGAGGAACGCUUCCAGCUCUUUGAGACGGACAUCGUGAGCAUCAUUAGCAACAUCAGCUACACAGCCCACCACCUGCGGACGCUGACCAGCAAUCUGAACGAAGUGAGGACCACUUGCACGGAUACCCUAACCAGGCACACUGACGACUUGACCUCCCUGAAUAACACCCUGGCCAACAUCCGCUUGGACUCGGUCUCUCUCAGGAUGCAGCAAGAUCUGAUGCGAUCCCGGUUAGACACGGAGGUAGCCAACUUGUCAGUGAUUAUGGAAGAAAUGAAGCUCGUGGAUUCCAAGCACGGUCAGCUUAUCAAGAAUUUCACCAUCCUGCAAGGUCCUCCUGGCCCCAGGGGUCCAAAAGGCGACAGAGGCUCUCAGGGUCCCCCAGGUCCAACUGGCAACAAAGGACAGAAAGGAGAAAAGGGGGAGCCUGGGCCCCCCGGCCCCACCGGUGAGAGAGGCCCAGUCGGACCGGCUGGGCCCCCUGGAGAGCGCGGCAGCAAAGGCUCCAAAGGCUCCCAGGGACCCAAAGGCUCCCGUGGGUCCCCUGGGAAGCCUGGCCCGCAGGGUCCCAGUGGAGACCCCGGCCCCCCGGGCCCAGCAGGCAAGGAUGGGCUCCCUGGCCCCCAGGGCCCUCCCGGCUUCCAGGGACUGCAGGGCACCGUGGGAGAGCCUGGGGUGCCUGGACCACGAGGACCUCCGGGCCUGCCAGGGGUGCCAGGCAUGCCAGGACCCAAGGGCCCCCCUGGUCCCCCAGGGCCAGCAGGGGCAGUGGCACCCCUGGCUCUACAGAAUGAACCAACCCCCGUACCGGAGGCCAAUGGCUGUCCGCCCCACUGGAAGAACUUCACAGACAAGUGCUACUAUUUUUCGGUGGAGAAAGAAAUCUUUGAGGACGCGAAACUUUUCUGUGAAGACAAGUCCGCACAUCUCGUUUUCAUAAACACAAGAGAGGAGCAGCAAUGGAUAAAAAAGCAGGUCGUGGGGAGAGAGAGCCACUGGAUUGGCCUCACAGACUCGGAACAAGAAAACGAGUGGAAGUGGCUGGACGGGACCCCUGCAGAUUACAAGAAUUGGAAAGCUGGACAGCCAGAUAACUGGGGUCACGGCCACGGGCCUGGAGAGGACUGUGCAGGGUUGAUCUAUGCCGGGCAGUGGAACGAUUUCCAGUGCGAAGACAUCAACAACUUCAUUUGCGAAAAAGACAGGGAGACAGGACCAUCGCUGGCAUUAUGAUGGACCGGGCUGUAAUGACGUGAACAAAUUUCCACACAGCUUCUCCAGGGUAAAAGACCCCCCCACCCUUGGACUGCAUCAGCGUCUCACCACACUGGGGGGAAAGGCACUGCAAACAAUUACUGAAAAAAAUCGACAGCUACUGUUUGUUUGCCAUUACCCAAGGACUUGGGGACCCGGGUGCUCCCCCAGCACGACAUGUUGAUUUUCAGUGUGCAGAUGGACUGAAACGCAUAGAUUUUUCUCAGCCAAUAACUGUGCAAUUACACAAAUUAAAUCUUCCAAAGUAUGAAAUGCUCCAAUCAGAAAAAGACCGCCGUUGGUGGUUGAGCUAUGGGAAGAAUUUAAACAUACACUGUGUAAACAGUACCUUAACAUUUCCAAAAUCCCAAAUAUAGGAAAACUAUACAGACAUACAGAUAUAUAGGCCAACUCUUAGUAAUAUGAAAUAUACUUAAAGAGCUUUUAAAACUUUGUAUUUUUGUACAAAAUAUUUGCCUUUUACAAUUUUCCUUUGUCAUUUUACCAAUGUAAUACAUGAAGCCAAAGAAAACAAUAAUGGUACUAAUAAAAUCUCAUAGGGUUUCUUGUCAGAUUUGGUUCUACCCAGUGGCAAAGAAUUUUCUCAGUUGGGGGGUAAUAAAUACAUGUGUUACA